GUUUCCCAAAACACUAUUGUGUAUAUCGUUUGCAGUAUAAUUUUCGGGAUCUUUCCCAUCUUUCACUUGGAAAUGGUACAUCAUGACUGGUUUAGGAUUCCCGGCAAGAUUACGUGUGUCACACCAGAACCGUACCUUGAACAAGAACUUUAGACGGAAUGGAAAGCUUCAAUCUUGUGAACCAUGUCGUAAGGGAAAGCUUCGAUGCGACCACAUGAUGCCGCACUGCGGUCGCUGCAUCAGACGGAACAAGACCGAGCAAUGUGUCUACCAUCCUGCUCCUCUGACUAAGGCCACAGCCAUCCCAACUCCUGAGCCCUCAGAGACCGCUGCCUCUUCGACCGUAGUCUGUCAAGAAGAAAGCAACAGCACCUUCGCAACACUAUCCUUUCCUCGCCCGGACAGUCCUUCCACGACGCCACCGAGACUACCGCGAGCCAGUAGUCUUCCUGCGCAACCCCCAUCGAAUCAAGAACCUCUCUGUUCUGAUGAGCUUGGUCAGCCGCUUCACCACACCGAAGCCCUCGAUGAACCUAUGAAGCAUCGCAGAAAGGAGGAAUUCAUCUCUCAUUCCGCCAUCGUAGCGGAGAAUGAGCUAAGUGUUGGCAUAUUACCAGCCCCUCAUUUGGGAGACUCGACUGGUCAUUCUAGAAUUCCUCAGUCGCAUAUUGAGAGAGGUGCUCUAGUUCUUGGUCUACUCAAGAAUCUUCCGCAGCUUGAUGUAUACAUCCAGAAGCUAUUUCAAUUCUGCCAAGGCACCAUCAUCAUCGAACCCAUGGUGAAGAUCUGGGUCACUGAACUUUGGUCUACAUGGCGCAAAGUGCUUGAAUCUCAGAGGCCAGAAGAACUUCGUAAGAUGUCGGAAAAGGUCUGGGAGAACACAACAAAGCCUCUGUCCCGCCUCUUAGACCGGCACACGAAGCCGCGCGAGUUUCUCAUGAACACCACUGGCGAGCACCUCCGGUGGGAAGUUGUUGGUAUCAUCACUUCUCUGGUUGGGCUACUGACCCAAACACUACAAGAUGGUGACCCUAUCUUUUGUUCGCACGAUGAAGCGCCUGUGGAUCGCACGGCGCUCACACUGAAGACUUUCAAUGCUUCGGAGGUGUGCCUUUCGUUUUGCAAAGAUUAUGACAUCGUAAACGAUCUCUUCAUAUGGUUCUUGUAUGAGCAGACAGUCCUGGCGUGCUCUCUACACUCGAAAGGGAGUUAUUAUAAUUGGCAACGGUCGUCGUACGUUUGCCAGGCGCUCAUCGCCUUUGGCCUACAUCAGAAGAUCGAAGUCGACGAUCAGACCCCAUUUUUCAUCGCCGAAUUUCGCAAGCGUGUCUUCAUAAGCCAGUACGACAACGAUAAAUACUCGGCAUCUUUUGUUGGGCGGCCUCCGCGAUUGACACGCCAGUACUGCCUCUUGCAGUUCCCGUUGGACCUGACCGACGCGCAAAUCAUGUCUGACGGUUUCGCGCUGGAGUAUGCAUUGACCAACCUGGAUCAAGAAGGAUGGAACACGCACGGUAGUAUCCAGCGCUGCACUAUCUCGCGAGUUUUUGCAGCUAAUGCUUUGCUCAUGGAGGAGACCUUGGAGAUCUCUCUGGGCCUUUUGUCGACUGAAGAGAUCCUGAGUCGUGCAGCAGAUAUCGAGAGGCGCGUUAUCCAGACUUGGGAGAACAUGCCACCAUUCCUCAAGAUAGACACCCAAAACCCUUACGAUGCGAAGCGCGCACCAGUGGAGCUGUUAUUCCAAACACUGAUACGGCUCGCGGAUUUCAACCAUCAUUUUCUUUUGCAACGAACCCUCAUCAAGAAGGUGGGCGCCGAUUCUACCAAACUCCUCGCCGUUUCCAGAGACAUUUUCAAAUUUAUACUGUGCAUGGCCAACAAUCGAGAUAUUUUCCGAGACUUUCAACUGGAUUACACCCAAUUGCUAUGUAUGUUUCUACCAGCAGCCGCGGUAGUCGCAGUCGAGCUUCUCCACCAAGAGCAAGAACCUGUGGCCGCUUCUGCAGCGGCGAAUCACCUGCCUCGGUCCGAGACCAUCCAAGAUCUUUCCGUCAUGGUAGCCACCCUUGCCAGUGUCAAAGCAGAUAGCGCAGCAUACAAGAUCUGCGACCGAGGGAGGAGAUUCAUCAAGAAAACGCUCGAUACCAUCCUAUCACCACCGCGACUUGAAGCGGUGGCAAGUACGUCUGGUAAUGAUUCAUACACAACUACUAGCAAUCUUGACGUGCCGUUGUUUCAGACGGGUACCGAUGGAGACUUUAUGAAGUGGCUGGAAAGUAUGGACUGGGAACAAGAUAACUGGGCGAACCUGACAUGAAUGGGGUACAAUCCCCAGCAAAUAUGAGAUUUUAAAAUAGCCGUCAUUCAAUUGGAACGCGGUUACCAACCCAAGGUCUUGGAAACUUCUAUAGCACCA